ACCUUUGCGCCGUCAUACCGCUCUCAGUAACCAGAAGGUCGCACUUAGCAGCGUUGUACUGGAACAGAGAAGAAACUAGACUGCAGUCAUGCUGGGACAAGCUGUGAGGCGAUUCACAACGUCUGCCGUUCGUUCUUCACACUAUGCUGAAGGACCAGGAAAGAACCUGCCAUUUUCUGUGGAAAACAAGUGGCGUCUGCUGGGCAUGAUGGUUCUGUUCUUCGGCAGUGGCUUUGCAUUCCCCUUCAUUGUCGUCAGACAUCAGAUCCUGAAGAAGUGAAACAGUCCAGUUCUGUUCCACAGCCUUCAAGGUUGUCAGCUGGAUCAUAUUUAUCCAUCAGCGUUCUACCUGUGUAGAAGAAUGGGAACCUCUUCAUUUUCUUUGUAAAUAAAAUCUCCUAAAAUAUGAA